UACUUUACAAGAACACUCCACAACUAUCCAGUUGAAACGGAUCUAUGGUAUAAACUCUUCUUAUUUUUUUCCUUUAUCCGAGGGAGUUUUACUUUUGGGAACCAGUAGACCUGUGAGUGAGACUGUAAUCCAGCCGUCUGCGCGGAGAGGAAGUUCGGCUACUGUUGACUUUUUUUUCUCUUAGAGUAGCCUAACCCAAACCAGGUGAAGUCGCGCCCCGGUGCGCGGCCAGCGCUCGGAUAUAGUGGAAACCCUCUUUGUAGUCUGUAGUCUAUUUCAGGGUCUGAAGUCUUGGUGAAGUUCUUCAUUUUUCUCCCUUCAGUUUGGUUCUAUCUGUGUCUGAUCUGAUGUUUUAUUGCGUCUUGCUUUUGGUUCUGGAUGGGAAUGGCAGUUUUCUGACAGCGGCCAGGAGCAGAGUCUGAUCUAGCCACAGUCAUGAGGUUCCGCUACUCGAGAAUGUUUUUAAUAAUCUGAGGGGCACUCUUCCCUAAAGAAAGAGAGAGGGAAAACUUUUCCAUGCUCUCUCGGGGCUCCAUGGUUUUCGAGGAUGUGAAAGUUGGACUGUGGCUUACUUUGCUCUAACUUCAUUAUCACGAAUAACGGAAUAACAACGUUGGGAAAAAGGUUUUGUUUGUUUGUGCCAGCUCACAAAUCAACACUCAAAUGUGCCAUAGCGACAGCUCUUGGACACCGUGUACCCACUCUGAAAUACCAACCAGGUCAUCUUUGAAAAAAUAUAACAUGAAAAGAUAACAUGCAGCACAAUGUUUCAGGUCGUGGCUUAUUCCUGAAGUGCGUGUUUUUAUAGAUAGCCCCGCUGCUCUUUGUUUUUGCUAACGGCCAGAGUUGGGUGAGGUCUGAGUAAGACGCGGAGAAGAAGUAGGCUAAACAUCAUCCCUCAUCUUCUGCCAGCAAAGUUGGGAGUGAAGCGGGAAUGUUUCUUCCGCGGCUCUGGACGCUCCGCCGCAGGUAUUGCUCCGGACGAUUAUUGCUCCUAGGGGUCGCGUUGUGUCUUUUCUACCAGACCCUGAUGGUGGCACGGAGUCGGUUCAAAGGCGGCCCAGCCGCGGCUGAUGAACGCAACAAGUCAACGAUGACUGGAGCGUUGGAGGUAUUUGAUGAACUUCUGCAGGACCCUGCGAGGCUUAUUUCUACCCUGGAGGCUUUGGAGAAGGAAAUAUAUGUCAAGGGGUCCAAUCAGAACCGGGCCGGGCAGGUCACGCGGGCCAUCGUGUUGACGGGUCAGCACGUAGCCGCGGAUACAGAGGUCCAGCUGUUCCAGCGGAUCCUGGAGCAGCGAGGCUACGAGGUCAGCCUGUCCCGAUACGCCGAGACCAACACCGCCCUGAGACACGACAACGGUGGCAGUGUGGAGUGGAGUGUGUUGGUGUGUCUGAGCGGUUCAGAGAAGAGUUGCCUGAGGAAAGUGUCCUUCUCCCAUCUGCAGCCCCAUCAGAGGGUCAACAUGAUACCUGGGCUGGUGGGGGCCUUCUCUGAUGUGGAUGGGCUCUGUCGCUUCCAGACAGACAGCCGGCUAGCAGGCCUGGUAUUACGCAUCAAUCCAUCUGCCUGUGGAUCGCCCCUCCCCAAGCUGGGAGAUGUUCGUCAUGUGGCACAUGGGGAUUGGAACCCAGCUAUCACCACACUUAACUUGGUGAGCCCUGGCCUCUUUGCCAUGGUGACGGUUUAUGUCCUGGUCACCUCGGUAACGCCGCUCACAGCCUUCCUUCAUCACACGGGCCUGGUCAGGACAAAUGAAGACACGGACAGCCACACCACACAGCUCAAGCCCUUUCUUCUGCAGCAGCUGGGUCCUGAUGCAUCCCAUGAGGCCUUGGACCAUGUGAAGGAGGUCAUAGGUCAGGUGUUGAGGGUGGCAGCAUUGACCAAUGAGGAGCCUAGCUCUCGGCACAGGUGGUGUCUCCUGUGUUUCCAGCUGAUGACAUUCACUCUUCAGUUCAGUGGUUCCCUUCUGCCUAUCAUAGUGAAGGCUGAGACUGACCUGCACUUUGAUGGGCUGAGGGACCCAGGGUUUGACGGACAGAUCACAAAAGAGUUCAUCCUGGAAGAUGCUCUUCUCUUCCUGCUCCCAGCACACAGUGGACAGGCCAGACGGAAGAGCCUUUCACACACCGAGACAGACGAUGGACAGAGGUAUGGUGGCUGUGGGGGGACAUACGGUCUCUGUCUACCAGAACACCAGACUCUCCUCCUCCUGCAGUUCCUCCGUCAGCUGAGGACACCAGGGCCAUUUGAACUGCUUUAUCCCGCAGCUUCUCCGCAGCGCUCUUCUAUCCAAGACUUUCUCUUUCGAUCGUUCCCUAGAGCGGAGGAGUCUGGGAGUGGGCUGCAUUUCUCAGCAUUGUUGGACAGAGUCUGUUCUCAUUAUACAGAGCAAAGGAACCAGACUUACAGGACCAAUGAAGCAGAGACACAGACCGGGUGGGAUCAACACUCAGGCUCCCAGGACCUCCCUGGAGACAAAGAGCGGUGUGUGGACCCCCACCUCAGACAACUGUACACAGAUCCCCCUCUGACCCUCAGCCCCCCCUUCAGUCCCUGGGUGAAGGACUACCGUGCUGAGGUCCCCUUUGACGUGGUGACCCUACGCCUCCGCCCUGAGCCCAUCAGCCCAGCCUGUCACAUACACCUGGAUGAGCACAGAGGACCUAGAACAGCAAACUACCCGGUCGGCCUGGGAAACAGCAUAAUCAACAUCCUAGUGACGGACGAGUCGCUCACCACAGAGCCCGAGCCUGUUGUCAUGACAAUAUACACUUUGCACAUGUACCGCGAGAGCCGUCCCAGCCUGCCCAUGUUUGGGGAGCAUGUGAUGUGUGGCUUCGUGCAGGACUGUGGCCUGGUGGUGCAACCAGAUCAGCCCUGUGGUUUGGAGCCACUCCCUGGGCCACUCUCUCCAGGCGAGCCCCAGGCCCCAACUCGGCCCUGCAUCUCUGGGGAUGUACCAGGUCGUUGGGUGGUUCCUUGCCUCAGCUGUGCCGACAACCGGACCUGUGACUGGAGAGAGGUUGUCUGGCAACCCGAGGGCUGUUACCACCCCUUGCUGGACCUCCCCCAGCUGCAGGACUGCAUGAUGUACAGGAAGGUAAUGUUCAUAGGUGACUCCACUAACCGGGGGAUGAUGUACUUCCUGAUGGAGCGGGUCAACUCUAGUCUGGAGGACUGGGGCAAGGCCCACAACAGCCUGAUCUAUCGCAACGUCAAUCAGGGACACACACACGUCUCCUACUCCUACUACCCACAGUUCUGGCUGGAGCAGAGCCACAGACCCACCUUCCAGAGGGCCCUGGAGCAGCUCAUACUGAGGUCGCGCCCCCUGGAGAACUCCCGUCAGACUGUGCUGGUGGCAGGAGGUGUCCAGUGGCUCAACACCAACCACCUAAGGAUCAUGAGAGAAGUGCUGGAGAGGGAAGGGCUACAGGAUAUCAUGGUGGUGGUGAAGUCUCUGGGCAUGGGCUUCCAUCUCCCUGUGGAUGGCAUCCGCUCUCUCUCACUGAGAGGAGUACAGGAGCUGUACAGAGAGAACAGCAACAUCAUCACCGCCGCAAAGCACUAUGGGUAUGAGGUCAUAGACACAUUCAGUGUCACCAUGGGCCGCUACAAAGAGUUCCUGCAGGGACGGUGCGCCUGCCAUUUUCACGAGGUUGAAAAGCUGUCCUUCUCCAAGGCUCCGCUACACAGGAAGAUGAAGCUCCUUCGACACGGCGAGGAACCUGGAACCAGAACAAGUGGAACUGGAACCGGGUUCAGUGAUCAGCCCACCCUGCAGCACCAGGACCAGUGGGCGGGGUCUAACUCCUCCACCUAUCACGUGAGAGGAGCGGUGAACCAGGUGUACUCGCAGAUCCUGCUGAGCAGACUGUGUGUGAGAGACACGGGAAACUAGACCCACCCCUCACCACCACUGACUGUGUGUGUGUGUGUACUUGUGUGUGUGUGUGUGUGUGUGUGUGUGUGUGUGUGUGUGUGUGUGUGUGUGUGUGUGUGUGUGUGUGUGUGUGUGUGUGUGUGUGUGUGUGUGCGUGCGUGCGUGUGUACAUGUGUGCGUGCGUAUCCAUACAAGCAUCUCUCUAAAAAAAAUUAGAGGUCAUUCCGUCCAGGAAGUGCUGGAGUAACAGGAGAGUCCUGACUGGUCAGCCGUGUGACAGACAUCACCACUGUCUGUCACACAGACCUCCUCUGAUUGGCCCACACACUGGGCCCCCUGUCAUGUGACUGCUGCCUCUGCUAGGUAGAGGUUUCCAGAUGGUCGAAGAGGGGGAUCGCUGGCCUAAUACCAAAAGACAAGGGAAGCAGCUGGAGAAAGAAUAAAGAGGAGAGAGCGAGAGUGACUGUUGAAGGAGUGUGUCGUGUGUACAUCCCACAUGUAAGCCUUGCUCUCCAACCAACUGACAAUGCUCCCUCAACGCUCCAGCACAAACCUUUACAAUUGUAUAGUUUUAUAGUUGUGGAAAUGUUGUACAGCAUUGGUUCUCAAUCCUCUCCUCGUGUAUCCCCGGCAAUUCCAUGUGUUUGAUGCAUUCCAGAGCUAGCACACCUGAUUCAGAUUCAACUUGUCAACUAAUCAGGUGAGCUAGUUCAGGGCUACAACAACAUUGUGAAACGUCUGGGGGUCCCCGAGGAGUGGUUCGAGAACCACUUUUGAUGUGUGCCUUUGAUGCCUUUGUGCAUCAGGAAAGCCGAUCUCUCGCCAUUGAAGGGACUUCUGGAUAUCCAGCUAUUCCUCCUCAUAUACAGUACCUCAUCCAUCCGCGUGUUCUGUGGACACCACAACGUAUUCUAUUCUAUGCCAAAGAUAUGACGAAAGCUGAGCUAUUCUUCAAGCGAUUGUCUUGUGUAGGAUUUUCUUAUAUUCCUACAUCUGCUUAUUCGUGCCCAUAAUGUUGAUAAUCAGUGUAUAAUGUUUUACAUGCAGCAUAUUGUUGACAUGCUAAUGAAGGACUGGUGUAAUGUAUGCUAUGGAUCUAUAUAUAUUGUCUUAUCUGUCCUCUGAUCAUUUUUACGGAGGGAACUGAGCUGGUGAAGAUGAAGGUAAUUGUAACAGAUAGCCACAAACACAUGCACACGCACAGGAGUGGAGACUACCUGCUUAGCUCUGUUUAGUGGUCCUAUGGGAACAUUGAUAGCAAACCUAAUCAUUUGAUUCAGUGAUUUUGAAGGAAAACUGAAGGGAAAAAAACAGAAAGACAUAUUUUCCUCAUACUAAAUAUUAUCAACACUAUUAAUUUAUUAUUAAAGAACAUGUAUCUUCAAAUGGCACUAACUUCAGCUUUGUGUUUCCAGAUGGUACAUAUAAGAGUUAUUCCGAUACAAUAUUCUCACAUUAAAAUAUAUAUUUUCUUAACUAAA